AAAAAAACACCCAUUGUCCUUAUGCUCCAUGGUGAUUUAGGACACAUUGGCUGUGGGCUGCAGGUUUGCAAGGUAUAUUUAUGACCUCUGUAGGGCGAUGAAUCCAGACGUGCUACACGGAUGAGCUGCCAGAAUGGGGAGAUGUCUGUAGGCUGAAAUGGAAGCAUGGGUUACUAGUGAGCAUGGCUUGCCACCAGAGACCUAUAGAUACUCUAGGAGAGGUUUCUGCUUAUAGGCACCAAUCCCUUCAAAGGAAUACACACAAGGCAUCGCAUACUGAUGUGUUUGAGCAGUUUGGGACGGGAGUGUUCACUGUUGUCUCAGAUAAACCCAGAUCAUAAGUGAUCAUCCUCUAUGUCGAACAUGAGUUGGGCCUUCCUCACACGUCUACUGGAGGAGAUCCACAACCAUUCCACCUUCGUGGGGAAGGUGUGGCUCUCUCUGCUUAUAAUCUUCCGCAUCGUCCUGACGGCUGUGGGUGGAGAGUCCAUCUACGCAGAUGAGCAGACCAAGUUCACCUGCAACACCAAGCAGCCCGGAUGCGACAACGUGUGCUACGAUGCCUUCGCCCCGUUGUCACACCUCCGCUUCUGGGUGUUCCAGAUCAUCAUGAUCUCCACGCCCUCUGUCAUGUACCUAGGCUACGCCAUCCACAAGAUCGCCCGCGCCUCCGAGGAAGAGGAGCGCAAGCUCCACUGGCAGCGGCUCAGGAAUGAGCGCAGGGGCAGGUGGCAGGACGAGCCUCACCUGAACGAGGUUCUGGAGGAGGAUGAAGAUGAUGAAGUCCUGGAGCCCAUGAUCUAUGCCAACGAGCUGAAGGCUCAGGAGCCUAAGCCGCAGAAUGACCAGAAGGACGUCAAGCACGACGGGCGUAGAAGGAUCAUGCGGGAGGGUCUGAUGAGGAUCUACGUGCUCCAGCUGUUGUCCCGCGCCGUCUUUGAGGUGGGGUUCCUCACAGGACAGUACCUGCUUUAUGGCUUCCGCGUUGACCCGUCAUACGUCUGCAGCAAGGUGCCCUGCCCGCACCGGGUGGACUGCUUCAUCUCUCGGCCCACCGAGAAGACCAUCUUCCUGCUUGUCAUGUACGUGGUGAGCUUUCUCUGCCUGCUUCUCAACGUGUGCGAGAUGUUGCACCUGGGCAUCGGUGCCUUGCGUGACAAGCUGCGUAAGCGUCGCCGUCCGAGCCAACGGCCGCCUUACUCCUACUCCUACCCUCGCAACAUCCCUGCCUCCCCCCCGGGGUAUAACCUCGUCAUCAAGGGAGACAAGCCCAAGCGUGGCCUAGCAUCCACCAAGCAGAACGCGGCCAGCGCAGGACAGGAGGAACGGCGCACCAGCCCGGACGAGAACAUCCCCGCGGACCUGGCCAGGUUGCACCGGCACCUGCGGGUGGCCCAGGAGCAGCUGAACAUGGCUUUUCACACGUACAGCAUGAAAUCAGCUCAUAGCUCCAGGGCCAGCAGCCCCGAGUCUGGGGCCACCAUGGCGGAGCAGAACAGAGUGAACGCGGCCCAGGAGAGAGAGGGUGCCCGUCCCAAGGUCUGCUCAGAAAAGGCAGGGACAAUAAUGAAGAAUGAAAAAACUUCCGUGUGGAUUUAGACCUUGGCAGGAGCAACAGACGGGCCUGCAAACUGUCAUCGUUAUAAUUUACAGAAGUUCUAGAUAGCAACAAUUCCAUGUCUGUACUUUCUAUCCUGAAAUAAAACAAGGAAAGGAAAAGACAAACAGGCAUCAUCCUGUCAAGGUGAUAUCAGAUCCCAUAGGAAGGACAGAGAUGUUUCACACACAUACAGUAGCAUUCUCUUCAGGAUAUGUUGUCUGGUGCUCACCAACCCUCAGAAUACUACUUGCAAUUACUGAUUCACAUAUUGUAUUUAGAAUCAUUUUUCUCUCAUUUUUAGAGCAUGUCAAUGGACCACAUCAGAAGUCAUAUUAGAUGUUUUGCUUUUUUAAUGAUCAUGGAUUAAUUUAACUUAUUUUAUGUAUGCGCUGCUGUUCCUCAUAAAUCAAUACAAGAACAGAGCUGCACUGACAUGGCUAAACAUUAACUCAGCUCAUGAGUUUCUUCUUAUGAGGUAUCCUCACACUGCUUAAAAACAUGCAGAUCCUAAUUAUUACCCUAGGACAUUCAAAUUUUGUCUGUUUUUAAAGUAUUUUCAUCGCCGAGAGGCAACCAUUCACAAUACAGUGGGUGAUGGGUCUUACAUUUCUUGAUGCAACGCCCAGGUCUAGAAUCCAUAAUUUCAGCUAAACUCUGUGGAAGAAUAAGAAGUAUUGCAACACGCAAGCAGCAGUUAUCUGUUAAAACUGUAGUUUAUUUUGAUUGAGUGGCUGUGUUUUAGGAGAGGAAAACACUGUGAUAUUUAAGACUGUAAAUAAAAGUUAAGUAAGCUGUGGUCCUACUGUGUGGUUUUCACAUUUUUAAUAAUAUAUUUAGGUACUUAUUGCCUUUUUCCCCCCAGAAAGUAAUUUUUAUAGUUAAAUUUCUGUAUAACUCAUUUACAGCAUUUGGCAUACGCUCUUAACCAGAGAAACAUGCAUGUUUACCAGUAUGACAGUACAUACACUAUGGGACUUGAAACCAUGACCUUUGUGUUACUAGCAUGAGGAAUUACUUUCUCUGCCAUAAUGUUGCUCAAUGGUUAACAUACUCCACUACUAAUCAGUAGGUUGCCAGUUCAAGUCUCACCACUGUUGAGCCCCUGAACAAGACCCUUAACCCUCAAUUACUCAAGAUGUGUUCAGUCAUAACUGUAAGUCAGUUUGGAUCAAAGCAUCAGCUAAAUGGAGUAACCAUAUGAACUGUCAUGAACUGCGUAGUAAUGACAAAAUGUUACUAUUGUGCCAAUGUUGAUGUCAAAUACUAUUACUACAAGAGCUGUGAAACUGUUAGAAUUUUAUUUUUAAUGAGUCCGGUAAGGUUUAAAGGCAAUGGACCAAGAGUUUUGGAGACUGCAAUAAGUAUUUGUGAAGAAAGAAUACAUUUCUGCUGUUGAACUUUUUUUUUUCUGGAUGUGCCUUUACUGGUUACGAUUGUAACAGUGAUGUGAUUUGUACUGCAUUCAAAAGAAUAAUAAAUUUGGGAUUAACUUG